AUGGAGGCGGCCUUAGUCAGGUACGGGCAAAGUACCGUGGUCAAUGGCCUACUGCUCUUCGGCGUCGUCUUCCUCAUCCUAGUCGGACAAAAUCAAUGCAAACUCCUUUCGCGCAUCGCCUGGACAAUCAAUCGUGCUCUUGGAGGAGCCCCGCAUGGCACCAAUCUGCCCGGUCCCAGUGGAUGGCCUAUCCUUGGUAAUCUCUACGAUAUGAAGGAUGGCCACAUCCAGAAGUUGAAAGAGUGGCAAGCCAAGUAUGGCGAUGUCAUCCGGUGCGAGCUUGGCGAGCGCGAGAUGGUUGUCAUCAACAGCCACAAAGCACUCGCAGAGACUGUUGUGCAGCAAAAUAUUGCUUACUCGUCACGUCCCAUCUUCAAGCUUUUUCACUCGGAUUAUGCAUCCAACGGUAUCUGGACAGUCGGCACAUCACCAAUCAACGACUCUGUUCAGCGCACUCGUAAAGCCUUCAAUGCUCAAGUAACACCCCGGGUGCUGCCCACAUACACCAAGGUGAUCCAUCCAAAGCUCAAGAAACUUCUGGGAGAAGUCUUCGGCAUCAGCAAAGGUCAUGCGGUAGACAUGGCUGACAUCCUCCAUCGUUUCGGAACUGGACAAGUCUCCGAGCAGUUGAUGGGACUUCCUCUCGACGAUGACACUGUCGCCAUGCUGGCUGAGAACGAGACCAACAUCUUUCGCCAACGUACUGUGGGGUUUCCAGCUCGAGACUACGUACCGAUUCUGCGCGGCGUCAAACGGAUCAUUUACAGCAUCGGCAAAACCCUUGGCAUAGAGAGCUGGUCCUGCGAUGAAGCAGAAGAUCGUGCACGGGGCUACCGCCGCAAGCAAGGCGUAUACAUCGACAAGCUGCUCCAUGACCUGAAGGCUGACAUCGAGGCGGGGACGGCGCCUCCUUCCAUUAUGGGCAACAUUUUGAAGAAGAAUCUGUUGGAUGACACCCAAAUCCUGUUGGCCUCAUACACAGGUAUCGCCGCUGGCGUCAAUCUCGGCUAUGCACUCAAUUGGACAGUAGGUUAUCUUGCCAAUCGUCCCGACCUCCAAGAGGCAGCCUAUAGCGCCAUUCGCGAAGUGUACGGCGACGGACCUCCAGAUCCUCACGAUGUCGAUCGUGUUGAAUUCGUCAAAGCUCUGCAUCUCGAAGGAUCGCGUGUCUACACUCCCGUCCGCCUUGGCUUCCCACGUGAGACACUCGAAGGUGCCACAUACAGAGGCAUGAAGAUACCGAAAGGAACGUUGACGAUCAUGAACCUGUACUCCGCCAACCACGACCCGAAUGUCUUCGACUAUCCAGACGACUUCCGUCCAGAGCGUUGGAUGAACGGUCACAAAGGCCGUACAGACAUGCUCGAGGCGCCAGGUGACAAGAUCGGCGUGCCAAUCCUCACAUUUGGCGCUGGUCGACGAGCAUGCCCUGGAUUCGAAAUGGCCAGCAGGGGACUAUACUCCACGCUCGUACUUCUGAUCCAUUUCUUCACCUGGGAGCGCCAACCCAUGAGCGAAGAAGCCAAGAAAGACGUGUUCCCACUCUUCCGCAAUCAACGAGAAUGCUCGCUCGAGAUGGAUGCGUUGGCCGACACCGCCACACCCACAGAAGCACAAGCAAUUCCAUGGGCAUGUGGCAUCAAAUUUCACUGCCGGGAUCCAGAAGCAAUGCAAUCGUGGCUAGAGAAUAACGAUAUGUAA